UCUCUUCUUCGUACUCUCCUCCUUUUUUUCUUCACCUCUUCCUUCUUCUUCCACUCUUCCUCUUCUCCUCUUUUUCUUCGUCCUCCUCCUCCUCCUCUCUUCCCUCACUUUACUUCCCCGGUUGUCCCCGCCCCGGCUCUCACGUCACAUGCGGCACAUCGUUACGGACAAAUGGAGCGGAGCCUUCAUGUCCACUGACCUGGAUUGAGGAGGGUCUGGAUCGGUUCGGCUCGGCUCAGAGGACAACAGCGCAGGUAAAGCAGACCUCCUUCUUUUCAAACACCGCACAUUUGUUUCUACCUCGUCUUUGCAGCCUGCGUUAUUUCACGUUGUAUCACCAGAGCCUAUUCAGAGAAACCACUGAGUAAUUGUCCACCUUCCCCAUCUACAAUCACAGUCUCAUCCUUUAAAUAGCCACGUUUUUAUCCUCCUCUGACAUGUUGCGGUGAGCACACGUUUUCUUCUUUAGCGCCCCUCUUGGAGGCUGCAUCAAUAUUUUAAAAGGGCGCUCAUGUUUUGCGAUCAUCUCUCCCACCGCCCACACUGACGCGUCCCGCCGCGCCGUGAGGAGCUGGACUGUGGAUGACUUCUCUCCUGCGCUCUCCCUGACCAGCGCUGCCGUGUGGAUGGAGUCGGGACCGGGAGGCCGAGGCUGCCGGUCAGCGCCGCUCCUGGAGCCGCAGAGCUGGAGGAAGAGCCCCGACCAGUGAUCCACCAUCCUGCUGAGACAGAACACCAGCGGGGCCCCACAUCUCUGCCGAGACACUGGUCCUCCUGCAUGGAGCCGGAGGGCGCAUGGUAGCGCAGGGAGGGCGCCAGGGGCCUCCGGGAGACACCACAGCUUCUCAACUUGACCAACUCCACCAGGACUGAUGGAUCUGAAGAGAGUGCUGUCCUUUCCUCCAUACCCUGGGGGUUACCUGCAUCCAGUGGUGUAUGCCUGCACUGCAGUCAUGCUGCUCUGUCUGCUCGUCUCCAUCAUGACUUACUUUGUCCACCACAGUGUGAUUCGGAUCAGCAGGAAUGGCUGGCACACACUCCUCAACUUCCUCUUCCAUACUGGACUGACAUUUGGAGUUUUUGCUGGUGGCAUCAAUCAGAUCAACUUACCAUUUGUGUGUCAGAUUGUUGGUAUUGUACUCCACUAUGCUUCUUUGUCUACCAUGCUGUGGCUGACGUUUACUGCUAGAAACAUCUGUGAAGACGUGUCCAAAGACCCACUUCAAGCCCAGGACAGGAAUGCACCAGCCCAAACUCGCCAGAAACCAACUAUCCUCAGAUUUUAUCUUGUAAGUGAUGGAAUUCCACUCAUAAUUGUUGGAAUUACAGCAGCAUUUGGUAUGGAUAACUAUGGCAGUAGGGAUGAUGCUUUAUAUUGCUGGAUGGCGUGGGAACCAAGCCUGGGAGGGUUCUAUGCCCCCGUGAGUCUUCUGGUCUUAGUCAUGUGUGUGUACUUUUUGUGCACCUACAUCCAGCUAAAGCGCCACCCAGAGAGGAAAUACGAGCUGCGGCUUCUGAGGGAGGAGCAGCAACAGUUGUCAUCUAAUGAAUCAAACCACCACUGCCACACUGAGAGUGGGGGAUCGUCAGGGCCGGCUGGGGACUGUCCACCAUUUGCUGCAGGUGUAUCAGUACUGGCCAAUGAGCACUCAUUUAAAUCUCAGCUCCGGGCAACAGCCUUCACCCUGUUUCUGUUCCUGGCUACCUGGGCUUUGGGAGCGUUGGCGGUGUCACUGGGGCAUUUUCUGGACAUGAUAUUCAGCUGUCUGUAUGGGGCUUUUUGUGUCACUCUGGGACUCUUUCUUCUAAUCCAGCAUUGUGCCAAACGUGAUGAUGUGUGGCACCGUUGGUGGGCUUGUUGCCCGUCCAAGUCCAAGACAGAUGACGGGAAUGGGGACGGACAGAGCCGAAGGCAGGUGCUCCAUCAGCCACACUGCCACCUGAACCCCCCGUUCUCAGGCAAGCAGUCGCUGCUUUCUCCUCACCUUAUGCAAAGUCCUUUCCACAAAAUGACACCACCUCCCCAGAGCCCAACAGCGAAUCACACAGCUCCAUGCUGCUUGGCUGUGAUGAGUCCCGUCACCGCAUCCCCCGUCACACCCCUCAUUGAGCCAGUGCCCUCACCACGGCCACAGUCACUUCCUGAUGAGCUCCCUCGUCCGACUCUUCCCCUACAGAGCUGCCUUACUGACAGAACAAAGUCACGCUCCUUUAACCGGCCACGCCCGUUACUCAAGGACUACCAUUCCCACAUGACCUCCACCAGUAUGGAUGGGAGUGUGCACAGCUCUCACCUGGACAGCCCUCAUGCUGCACACCACCUAGACAGCUCACCACUGGUUUCCAGCAGCCCACAUCCAGAUCUCCAGCUUGCCUGUCCCAGCCCUCAAUUAGAUAAGCAGCUGGCUUCGUGCCACAGCCUGCAACGCCAGACGUCCUGCCACAGCGUACAAGAGUCAAUGGCUUCCUGUCACAGCCACGCCCACAACAUGCAUGACAGUAUCACAUCUUGUCACAGCUUACUUCUGCCUUCUCAUGGGGUUCACACAUGCCAGUGGCGCAUGUACAGCUCAGCUGACCACUCUUCCAGCACAAGCUGUUGUGAGAAAUCCGAUCCCUUCACCUUGCAAUACCAGCAAGACCCUGACAUUUACAGUUGCAUGUCAAAAACAGCAGACCAAGAGAAAGACUCUCUCUGUGUUGAGGUAGAGCAUAAAGGUUUCCCAAGAAAUACCCUGCCACGGCAUGCCACUAUAGGUCGGCGGGGGGCCAUUGGGCGAAACAGGAGUCUGCAAGAAGAUGGCCUGUUUGGUUCAGAUGCUACAGGAAACAUACGUACUGGCCCUUGGAAGAAUGAAACAACAGUAUAGUUUUUUCUAUACUUGGAACAGCCAGGCCUUCCAGCAGCCCUGUAUUCGGAUUACUUUGUAAGUGUUUGGGUUUUCUUGCCUUCAGCUUUGUCCUUAAACCACAGGUUGAUUUUUUUUGUGGAUUUCCAUACCCCAUUGAUAUUUCAGAUCCCUUUAUGGCAAAGUUAACUUUAAAUAUGUUACAACACAGUUUUUACAAGGAACAUUUAGACAUAGGAAACGUUCAAAUAAUGCUGAAUUAUUAUUGUGCUCCAUGAUGUUUCACGUUGCAGUCAGUGUUGUUGUGGACCGUCAAGGGCCACAGUUGCUCAGUAAUUAGCAAUGUUACAACAAGAGUCUGAACAAUAUCAGUUCCAGUUACGACCUUUUCAUUGCGUGGAGUUUUCUUUGUUAUUGUCAGUCUGUUUCACAUUCAUCCUACAGUCCAAAGUCUUGCAGAGGUAGUAGUAGAAAAUAUACCUCAAUUCAGCCUCCAUUAUUUUAUUUCUGUAAAAUAACAGACCUGAUCUAAAAGGGACUGGAGGUUACCUUUUUACUGGAAUAAACCCAAAAGUUGUGUCUAUGGUAGAGCUGAUUUUACUUCAAUUUGUUUAUCAGAGCGAUAGAUAUUGACACCUAAAUACUACAACAACUCAAUGGUACACAAACCAUUGAUUGCUGCAAUCCAAUGUUAUACUAAGUCUACAACCUAGUGUAGACUGAGUAUUCUGUCUGCUCUGGACUGCCCAGAGUCCCAGAUCCUGGGGUAGGUCUCAGUUAUUAUGAUUACUACAAGGACCUGUGGAAGAUCUCUAUUCUGCCAGUGCUUUUGAAGAAGGAACUGGAAUUUUCAACAUAAUUUCUACUGCCAUUUGGCCAACUCCAAGUUGCUCUGAGUACUGAAAGGAUGGUGACGCUGAAUUCAAAUAUACCCAAGCACAACUAGACUCUAUCCAAAAUGUGGUUGCCAUGAAACAGAACCUUAGAGAGAAAAAAUUCCUAAACCGACCGCAACAUGAUUCACCAGCAGUUAUUACAGUGGAGAAACAGCACUACAUAUCUUUAGAUUAGACAGUAUAACUUGGACCUAGCCUGGCACAAGCACUAUAGUUGUAAAGAAACACUCUGCUGGGAUCUGGAUUUGAAGCUUAAAAGACCAUGUGCAGUGCAAUGUUUCCCACUCAAAAAUAUGCUUUCACAUUUUCUGCAUCAUUGAUUUAUAAUUCAUAAAAGAAGCAGAGCUAGAAUAAUGUCCUAUGUGCCCACAUAAAUACUGCAAGAGGAGCUGUUUUUUUUUUAGUUGUUUUUUCUUUUUGUAGUAAUUCCCUGUCUCCAUGCUAACAAACAGUGAAGGGGGACACAAUUCACAGUCCUUGCUGUGUGCAAAAAAUGCUUCCGAAGUCUACUUCAAGAUCAUUUGGGGUUUCAUAAAAGUUAGUUGUAGCCAUUUAAGGGGACAGUAGAUAGGUCCUCCAGCACUUCAGACUGGAAGUGCAUUAGAAGGGCGUCUCCUAUUGUACCGUAAACAGGAGGAAAAAGUGUUUCAUUGUUUAUUGGGGCACCUAGCAUUGAAGAAAAUGUGACCCUACCCUUUAAGAUUGCAAACAGAUCUCAAAAGUCCAAAAGCUGAUCGUUAAGGUUUUAGAGAAACUGUUGUGCACAUGAAGAGAGUUUUAAAGAGUUUUCAUCAACAGCUGCAAACCCCUGUUCAUGUACAGUAUUAUGCAAAGAGGCAGUAAGAUAUCAUUGAUUGCACCUUUGAAUACUUGGAUUGAUCCAUUUUUAAAAGAUCUAUAUUUGUUAAUGUUACAUUUCUAAUAGAAUUUACACGAUAUAAUUUUAAUCAGAGUGGUUAUACAUCCGAAAACACAUGUGAAACCGCGUGAGCAUGUGUGUGUUUUUUAUGUGAGCAACAGUGCAUGAGUAGUGUGUUUGUGCUAUAUGUGUGUGUUGUUAUGGAUCCACCCCUGCAGAAUUUUAUGAAUAUCUUGAUAAAGAUUAAUUUAUGACAUCUAUGGAGAUUUUUUUUAUGGAGACACUUUAUGUAUGCUGCCAAAUAGAAUCAAAUAAAUACUGCACUUGUGUACUAUAGUAAGCCUCACUUGGUGAGAUAAUAUUUACAGAACAGUGCAAUGUGCUAAAAAGCACAAACUUUGUAUAGUGCCAAAAUUAUUUGCCAAUUUUCACUGUGAUGAGAAACUACACACAAUGCAUUUUAAAUGAGAGAUCACAUACAGUAUACAGUAGAAGUGAGUCCACCCCUUUUCAAUAUCAUUUACUGUAAAUGUCAAUUGAUUCAAAACUGUUUAUCCUGUCAGUAUUGCAUUUCUUCUAAUGAACAAUCGCAAGCAGAUAUUUUAUAGACUGAAAAUAUAAGCCUCAACAUAGAAACUCAACAAAAGAUAGUACACCUGUGAUCACUAAAAGAAAGUUGCACACACCUGGGAUUUAUAAUCAGCCAAAUUGAAUGAACAUGGUUAUACAAUAAGCUGUGAAUAGCAGAAUUUUCUCAAUUUUGAGCCUGUAUAUCUGCAUCAUGUUAUCAAGUCUAUAAAACUAUGGCAGAAGAGGAAUAAUUCAUCACGACAACGAUGAUGAUUAAUAGAGUAAAUCUAAACUGUUGAAACUUUAUACAAAAGGGCAAAUAGCCUACUGUGCAACCUAGAAGAAAUACAAUGAACGUCAAGUAAUACAAGUUUGAAUCAUUUGACACUUUAUUGAUAUUGCACAGGAGUGUACUGACUUGUGUUGUCUGCUGUAGCUUGUAGCGUCAUACAAACUUAAACUCAGGUUUUAGAAUAUCAUCAGCAACUCUGUCAAGUAGUCCAGAGACUUCCAUCUGUUUUACCCAGAGAGAUGUUUCAUAAAGUUGCAGCAGCUGUUAAGCCAGGCUUACUUUGGUAAAUCGUGAUCAUUUUCAGUUUGGUAAAGGAGUUCUAAAUUAAUCCAAGCCUCAGGACAGCCCAGUUGUGGAGAAGCUAGUUUUUACACUUAGGCCAGGCUGAACAAUAGGGUUGCCUUACAGGUGCUACAACUGAUCAAAUGAGUCUUUAUCAGAAAUGCAUGUAACUGUUAUCUGUCUGAAAGUGAAUAGUUAAUCUGCUAAUCUGACAAUACAACUUUGAUUUGUCUGUGGUUAAAAAAAUUAGUUUGCUAUUCAGCAUUAUAGAUUAUGUUUUUUUUUGGACUUUGGACAAAGCUUGGCUAGUUGUUUCCCUCCAUUUCUAGUCUUUAUGCUAAUCCUUCUGAGCGUGACAUUGAACUCAUGGCGAUAGCGUUAUGAAACAUCUCAAUUUUAGCCCUAUGAGUGAGAAUAAUAACCUUAAUGUCAGGAUGUUAGGUCUGCGGAGUAGCUUUUGUCAGAGCUAACCUCAUCUCAUGGCCUUCUUCAACAAAUAAAUUGAGUUAGCUUUAUUGUGAAGUUCCAAGUUCCUUACUCUGUGCUCUCUCAAACCCUUGCACAUUUUCUUGCACAUUGAAAUAGUCAACCGAGCAUGAACCUGCAUUUUGUAAGCUCAAAUAAAUAAUUAAUAGAUUGGUGAUUUCUUUUUAAUUUAGCUGGCAAUUGUUUUUCUGUGCUCAAGAAAUUAAGAAGACAAAUAUAAUGCCUUAAAUGUGCAGUUCUGUGUAAGUGAACUAUUGCCACUGUAUCAAGCUUAAACUUAGUUUACUUUUCUAGGAUCAAUCAAACCAGGAUUUUCACUGUCAGCCCUGUUUACUAGCCUUCUCUAUGAAACACCUCUCUGGCUCAGGGUAUAAAGUGGCACAUUGUUAAAAAGUGAAUGUGCAUACAUCUUUUCAAUUUUACCCUAUUAAACUCAUCCUCAUCCUUACAUUUUAUUCUGUUUUUAAGUUUUAAAUGGGCCUUCAUACAGACGCUAGUGUUAAUUACUGAAGAAUGAGUCAGAUCACUCUGUUCCAUAUUGUAGGUUAGACACAGGUGUUCACUUAAAUGUCAGCAUAUCCCAGUUUGAUGUCAGUGCUGCCAUCAGCAGCACUAACCUUCAGCCUAACAUUGAUGACAGUGUACAUGUGAUGUGUCCCAGUGUUGCGACAGCUUUAAGUGUCUUCCCAGACUGGGGGGGUGGGGGGGA